CAGCCAGGCUUGGAAUCCCAGCUCUACCACUGAGGUUGUAAGAUUUGGGCAAGUUUCUGGGCCUCAGAUUUCUGCGCUCCUGCUUUGUAAAAUGGACCUAAUGGUAAUACCUGUCUAUGACUACAGGGCCACAUCUAUUAGAGUACUCCUGAUUGUUAUGUUCUUCAUCAAAGCCUCUGCAUUCAGAAGACUCAGGCCACUGAAGCCUGGCUCCUUAGCAAACCCCAUCAUUUUGGGGAAAGCACUUUGUGGUGCCAAUGAAGAGGGGCAAUGAUGGUUUGCAAAGAUCCCCAACUCACACCUUGAUUCAACAAAUAUCUAUCAUUUGUCUACCAAAUGUCAGGGCUGGUACAAAACCCAGGGAUGCAGACAUGGUCAUCACACAGUCCCUCAAGUACUCCAGGAACUGGAAGAGGCAAACACAGACCCAGAGCUACAGUCCAUAGAGAAGAGGACUCAGAGGGGAUAAACCAAGGACUUGUGGGAGCUGUGGAGAAAGGAACACACUGCGGAAGGCGCGGAGGGAACAGCAGCUGAUCAGUAAGAGACUGCUGAGAGACGACGCGUCGGAGGAAGCCGAAGGGGGAUGUGUGGCCAUGAUCCUUGGGGAAACUGAGAUCCAGCAUUUCCUACGAUUAGCACAGCAGGGGACAGAAGAAAAGGAGAGAGAGAGGGCUCUGGUCAGCCUUCGUCGAGGCUUGCAGCACCCUGAGACGCAGCAGACCUUCAUCUGGCUGGAGGGCAGCAUGCGGACCUUGGUCGGGCUUCUGACCAGCAACCAAGCCCUGUUGCAGCUUGAGGCCGCUCGGUGCCUUCAUGAGCUCUCUCAUUCUGAACAGUCUGCGGUGGCUGAGGCCUGCCUGCCAGCCACUUCCUACCUUCUCACCUACCUCUCCGGUCACAGCUCAGACUUUAUAGAGCUCUGUCUGUAUACACUGGGUAACCUGAUUGUGGAGAGUGAGGCUGUGAGAAGGCAGCUCCUGCCACAGGGCAUUGUUCCAGCCUUGGCUGCCUGCAUCCAGUCCCCCCAUCUGACUGUGCUGGAAGCCCUUGGAUAUGCCUUAUCCCAGCUUCUGCAAGUUAAGGAAGCUCCAGAGAUGAUCAUCCCCUCCGUCUUGGGCUCCACUCUCCCUGAGCACAUCCUGCGACUGUUGCAACCUGGUCCAAAGCUGAACCUUGGGGUUGCUGUGGAGUUUGCCUGGUGUCUGCACUAUAUCAUCUGCAGCCAGGUCGACAAUACCCUGCUUAUCUCCCAUGGGGGUGUGUCCACUCUGGGGUUGCUGCUAUUGGACAUGGCUGGAGCUGUCCAGAGAACAGAGGAUACAGGACUGGAGCUGCUGGCAUGUCCUGUGCUUCGGUGUCUAAGCAACUUGCUAACAGAAGCAGCAAUGGAGGUUGUGGGAGGGCAAAAUCAGCUUGAAGACGAGCGUGUCGUGGCUGCCUUAUUUAUCCUUCUGCAGUUCUUCCUUCAGAAACAGCCCAGCCUACUUCCUGAGGGCCUCUGGCUCCUUAACAACCUCACUGCAAACAGUCCUAGUUUCUGUACCUCCUUGCUCUCCAUGGAUCUGAUUGAGCCCCUCUUGCAGUUGUUGCCAGUUUCUAACGUGGUGAGCAUAUUGGUCCUCACAGUUCUGUGCAACGUGGCAGAGAAGGGUCCUGCUUACUGCCAACGUCUGUGGCCAGGGCCCUUGCUAUCCUGCUUGAUUGGUACACUGGCCUUCCCUGACAUUGAGGUAGUAGGCCAGAGUUUAGAGCUGCUGCAAUUGCUGUUCCUCUACCAGCCAGAGGCUGCUAAGGAUUUUCUGCAGCAAUCAGGGCUGCAGGUCCUGGAAAGGCACCAGGAGGAGGCCCAGCUCCAGGAUCGUGUGCAUGCUCUCCAGCAGACAGCUCUUCACCAGUGACCUUUUUGAUGUCAUUCUACUCAUCACCACCACCCUACCCUUGCCCCGACUUUCUUGCCCAUGGAUCCCCCUUUGAGGUUUUAGAACCGUAAUGGUAUCUCCUGCUCUCUGCUCCUGUGUCUAAGCCAAGACUUUCAAAGCUCAGCUCUUCUUUGACCCAGAACUGUCCAUAUAGGACCAAAGGGGACUUGAUGUGGGCCUGGAAUCAUCCCCACCCCCCCAUUAGCAGCUCGUGGUUUUUGAAGGGACAGAAUAAAGUUUUAUUUUUACA